CUGUUUUCCAGGAUGAAAGUCAAUGGCAAUAUCAGUGAGCACUGGGAAUACGUUCGAAAUGUCACGACAAACUGGGCAUACAACCCUAGCGGCUACGUCCGCCAAUGGGUACCGUACUAUGAUAUAUACGACGACAACAUAAGGUGUGGGCGAGGUGCCGCUAUUUCGGGGCCUGGCGUAAAGCUUCUCACAGUUCCGGCAGGGGAUGACGUGGUGUUCGUGGUCGGUAUGGCAGAUGGAAGUUCGGAGGACAACAAGGCCAUCUAUCACGAAGGUCCUAUGCAGGCAUACCUGAGUCGUGUUCCUGAUGAUCAAGCCAUAGAAGAGUAUCAGGGCGAUGGAGAUUGGUUCAAGAUCGAUUACCUCGGCCCCAAAGAUCAGACUACAUGGACCGUGUUGGGAACUCGAGAGGUGCCAUUCAAAAUUCCGGAGACAACGCCCCCUGGAAAGUAUCUCAUCCGUGCUGAGCAAGUCUUCCCGUUCAACAGCGACUUUAAUGCGACCCAGUUCUAUGUCAAUUGCGCGCAUCUCGAUAUUGUUGGACCCGGUGGAGGCAUCCCAGUCCCUACGGUUAAAUUUCCAGGUGCAUACGAUCUUUUUGAUAGAAAUGCCUUCCCUUGGCUAAUUGUCAACGGAACUCUCUCAGACCGGUUCCAAUACAUCAGAGAGGUCCUCCCACUUGACGGGACAAGACUUGUGAACCCUCAAGAACGCCUCGGCUCGCUGAAUGAGACCUGCGGUCGAGGCGCUUGGCAGUUUGGGCCCUCUACCCAAACGGCGACCGUGCUAGCGGGGACUGAGGUUGGCUUUCGACUAGGAGAGAAGGGAGGAUAUGAGUAUCUGUUCCACGAGGGACCAGCAACUCUCUAUGCCUCUCGAGUUCCCGAGAACGUGGACAUUGAAGACUAUGCGGGCCAUGAAGAUGGCGCCGAGUGGUUCAAGAUCGGCUACAUGGGACCGGCAGAUGACAAAACUUGGAGUUCCUAUGGUUUGCGCGAGCUAAAUUUUACGAUCCCCGAGGCCAUUCCGGCCGGCAAAUAUCUCCUACGCAUGGAACAUCUCUUCCUCAUGGUCGAUGAUGGAACUGGCUACAUUCAACUGUUUGUCAACUGCGCGCAGGUUGAUAUCGUAGGAUCUGGAGCUGGUGUCCCGGUUCCUUCCUUGAAAUUCCCAGGAUCCUAUGUUGUCGGAGAGACUGUGGGUACGACCGUCACAGAGGAGCAGAAAGGAAUAUAUGACCCGGCUACCAAGCAAGUGAUUGUUACCGGGCUUUUGGACUAUGUUGCACCUGGAGGUCCUGUGUGGUUGGGGUGA